AGGAGAGCGAGUCCUAGCCCACUGGGAGCAAAGGAGAGAAGAGAGAGAAAGCAGAGAGGGGUCAGCACUCCCAGCCGGGCCGGGCAGCCGCUGCCGGUGCCCGCGUCACAAUGGGCAGCGGCCAGCACCGGCCACGCUGUCAUCGCGUCGCCGUGGCGACGUUUGUGACACGGGCACCCGGAGGGGUAUAAAAGGCGGAGCGCGGCGCUGGGUCCCGCAUCCUGAAGGAGCAUCUGGCAGAGAGCAGACGCAUCUGAAGGAUGAGCUCCGGCAUGGCUGGCGCCAACGAGGAGCGACCCGCCGGCACCAGGCGGAACGGCAGGAGGAGGUCGGCCCCCGCAGCGGGGCGCGCCUCCAGUCCGACAUGCAGCGACACCAAAGAGCGAGUCGCCGUCUGGGAAGUGGUGGCCGCCUACGUACGGGAGCAGCUCCUGGUGCAGAAGGGGGUCUGGAUUCCCACCUUCGGCACCUUUGACACCGUCCCCAAAGACGUCCGGAGCGAGGAAGGGACCGUGACUCUGCAGUGGCCCGUGUUUAACCUGGCUUCAAACCUCACAGCCACGCACCACCUCAAGCCCCACAAGGAGUCCCUGCCAGUCCUUAGGAAGGUGGAGCCCAUGAAAUACAGCAAGGCGGCCGCAGCUGCCUCUCUGAACUGGGAGACACUCAGGACAGGCAUCCAAAGCACCAUGUCCCUGGUCGCCGGCUGCCUGCAGAAUGGGGAGAACGUUGCCAUUGUCCUAAAGGACGUCGGCGUGCUCCACAUUGACGGACUCACCUUUGAAAUGAAGUACUUCUUUGACUUCCUGGAGAAGCUGUCCGGGAAAAAGAAAUUCAGAAGAGCUGCUCACAGGGCCCCCUGGCUGCUGGACGUGGUGGUGUCCCGGGCGGCACCGGUGGCCUCCCUGGCGCUCUCCGGCUGCGUUGUGGUCUUUCCCAUGUUUCAAAUGGAGUUUGUACCCAAACCACCACCCGCAAUACACCGCAAGUCCUCAGGAAGCCUCUCUAGUUGGGGGACACCAAAGAAAGAAGGCACUUUGCCACCUCUGGACCAGGGCAAGAAAGUGAGAUUUACUGGCCGUCCAUCCUUCAUCAAACGGUUGAGCUCAGACAGCAUUGAUGGAGGAGAAUUCAGACGGAUCAGGAGCUUACUGCGGAAGGAGAGCUCCAGGUUCAGUCUGCUGCCAGCGAUCCGGACGGUGCCUGAAAGCCAAGAGCAGCCGGUGACCUGCCAGCUGCAGGGGAAGGCAGGCACAUCAAGCCAACAAGACCUGCCCCGAGCACCGGGAACCAAACGUGUCAGCUUCCUUGUUGAGCAACAGGGGGCUGAAAAAGACCAGCAUGAGGGUGCGGCGCAAACACAGCCAAGGACCGACUUCCAGAAGAGGUUCGAAUCUUCCUCAAGGGCUCACUCUGCGCAGCCUCAAGGCAGACCAUCCAGGCUCCUUCGGGCACGCGACUCCGUGAGACUCCUCAGGAAGAGGGCAAGGAAGAUCAUGCGAGUGCAGAAAGAGCUCAAGCAGAUGACACCAUCACCACUGCGUGGUGAGUCCAGCCUGCCUGAGGAGUCUGGCAUCAAGCGACCUGGAUUGCUGCCACCCAUCAAAGAAGAAACGGGCUCUCGCGAGUGUCAGCCUCCGAGCAGCCCAACCCCACGCCGCAGGAAGGACACACCCUACCCACACUGGUUCAGGCCUGGGGUGCACACGACAGACAGACUGGAGGGCUGCAAGACAGAGGCAUGA